UUCGCCUGGCCGGCCACGUAGGCGUUCUUUUUUCCUCUGGAGGAAAAGGCCCAGCAGCUGUCGGAGGAAAAGACCCACCAGCUGUCGGAGUGAAAGGACAUGUCUCAGCUAAGUAAGAAUCUGGGAGAUUCGAGUCCCCCGGCGGAGGCCCCCAAGCCUCCGGUCUAUAGCCGCCCUACGGUUCUGAUGCGGGCCCCGCCCGCCUCCUCCCGGGCUCCGCCAGUCCCCUGGGAUCCUCCUCCGAUCGAUUUGCAGGCUUCCCUGGCCGCUUGGCAGGCACCUCAGCCUGCUUGGGAGGCCCCGCAGGGUCAGCCGCCUGCCCCCGUGGCUCCGAUGGCCCAGCCCCCGGCUUUAGGGGGCCCGAUGGUCCAGGCUCCCCCUCUGGGAGGCCCGAUGGGCAAGCCUCCGACUCCCGGAGUCCUCAUGAUCCAUCCUCCCCCUCCGGGAGCCCCGAUGGCCCAGCCUCCGACUCCAGGAGUCCUGAUGAUGCAUCCUUCGGCUCCGGUAGCGCCCAUGGCCCAUCCUCCUCCUCCGGGGACCCCGAUGGCCCAUCCUCCUCCUCCGGGGACCCCGAUGGCUCAUCCUCCCCCUCAGGGGACGCCGAUGGCUCAUCCUCCCCCUCCGGGAACUCCGAUGGUGCAUCCUCCCCCUCCGGGGACACCGAUGGCCCAUCCUCCCCCUCCGGGGACACCGAUGGCCCAUCCUCCCCCUCCGGGGACACCGAUGGCCCAGCCUCCAGCUCCGGGAGUCCUGAUGGCACAGCCUCUGACUCCGGGAGUCCUGAUGGUCCAGCCUCCUGCUCCGGGAGCCCCGAUGGCUCAGCCUCCGCCCCCAGGAGCCUUGAUCGCCCAGCCUCCGCCUCCGGGAGCCCAGAUGGCCAAGCCUCCAGGUCCCGGAGUCCUGAUGAUUCAUCCUCCAGGUUCGAGAGCGCCUAUCGCCCAGCCUUCAGCUUCAGGAGCCCCCCUGGUGCAGCCGGCCGCCCCACCUGCGCAGCCUAUGGCUUCCUGGGCCCCCCAGGCUCAGCCUCUGAUCCUGCAAAUCCAGUCUCAGGUUAUAAGGGCUCCUCCGCAGGUUCCCCAGGGCCCACAGGCCCCGCCGGCACAGCUGGCCACACCCCCAGGCUGGCAGGCCACCUCGCCGGGAUGGCAGGCCCCUCCGCAAGGCUGGCAGGCCACGCCCCUGGCCUGGCAAGCCACACAGGUCACUUGGCAGGCUCCGACGAUCGCCUGGCAGGCGCCGCCGCCUGUGCGCCAGGGCCCACCACCCAUCCGACCCGGCCCGCCCCCCAUCCGACCUGGGCCCCCGCCCGUGCGUCAGGCACCACCUCCAAUCCGCCAGGCUCCGCCGCUGAUCCGCCAGGCACCGCCGCCCAUCAGGCCUGCCCCGCAGGUCUUGGCCACCCCACCGCACCUCUGGCAGGCCCUGCCACCCCCACCACCUCUGCGGCAGGCACCACAGGCGCGGCUGCCUACUCCACAGGUGCGUGCAGCCCCGCAGAUACGGGCAGCGCCGCAGGUGCCAACGGUCCAGCAGGUGCCGACGGUCCAGCAGGUGCCCACGGUCCAGCAGGUGCCAACGGUCCAGCAGGUGGCCACGGUCCAGCAGGUGGCCACGGUCCAGCAGGUGCCGACGGUCCAGCAGGUGCCGACGGUCCAGCAGGUGCCCACCGUCCAGCAGGUGCCCACCGUCCAGCAGGUGCCCACCGUCCAGCAGGUGCCCACAGCUCCUUCUGCUACACAGGUGCCCACAGCACCUCCUGCUGGCCCUCAGGCACCCCAGGCCACACUGUCCGUCCCACUGUCGGCCCCUCGGGUGGCGCACUGCCCACCCAUCAUCUGGCAGGCCCCUAAAGGCCAGCCCCCGGUGCCACAUGAGCUGCCAACAUCGAUGGAGUUCCAGGAGGUUCAACAAGCCCAGGCGAUUGCCUGGCAGGCGCCGAAGCCACCUGCGCACUUCUGGCAGCCCCUGCCCCCCCAGGAGGCCCAGAGGCAGGGCCCACCGCUGAUUCAGCUGGAGCAGCCCUUUCAGGGGGUCUCGGCCUCCCAAAAGGCCUUGCAAAUCCAGCUACCCCCCCAGCAGGCCCAGCCCGCGGGUCCGCAGGCAGAGCUGCCAACCAUGCAACUCCAGCCCUCCUGGCAGGGGCCCCCUGCAGCCUUGCAGGGGCAGCCCGGAGCCCCCAUAAUGGCAGCAAAUUUUCCCAUGGGUUCCCCUAAAUCUCUCAUGACUCCAUCGGGAGAAUCCAGGGCUUCUUCGAUAGAACGUAGGACCUCUUCUAAAGAACGUAGGACCUCUUCGAAGGAGCGCAGGGCUCCUUCGAAGGAUCGCAUGAUCUUUGCUGCCACUUUCUGUGCUCCGAAGGCGGGGUCAGCUGCCCGGGCACACCUGCUGCCUGCCUGGAAGAACUUGCCUGCCACUCCGGAGACCUUCACUGCCACCUCCAGGGUCUUUCCAGCUACCUCCCAGUUCCAGCCUGCCUCUUCUAAUGCCUUUAAGGGUCCUUCUGCCACCUCAGAGACCCCAAAGUCACUGCCACUUGCUCUGCAGGAUCCAUUUGCCUGUGUAGAGGCCCUGCCUGCUGUGCCAUGGGUUCCGCAGCCCAACCUGGAUGCCUCCAAGGCAACACCCAGCCUUCUGAUGGCGGCGGCAGCUGCACCCCCGGCAGUGGCCACCACUCAGGAGGCCUCUAAGACCUCCGCUGAGCCUCCACGUCGCUCAGGCAAAGCCACCCGGAAGAAGAAGCAUCUGAACACUGAAGAGGGUAACAGCGGCCAGAUGCUGGCCCUGCGCGACUGGCAGGGCCCGAGGCCCUGGGACAAUCUGAACUUGAGUGACUGGGAGGUUCAAAACCCUACCCAGAUCCUGGGUGACUGGGAGACCCCAAACAUCUCCCACGUCUUGAGUGGCUGGGAGGGCCCCAGUACCUCCAGGAUCCUGAGUGGCUGGGAAGGGCCCAGCACCUCCUGGGCUCUGAGUGCCUGGGAGGGUCUGGGCGCCUCUAGGGUCCUGGGUCUCUGGGAAAGCCCAGGUAGCCCCCAGCCCUUGAUUGUCUCUGAGCUUGCAAAUCUCUCUCAGGGAUUCGGUGCCACCCAGGAUGAGCCCAAGCUGGAGACUCAGCCACUGUCUCCCUUGGAUGAAAGAGCAAAUGCAUUGGUGCAGUUCCUCCUGGUCAAGGACCAAGCCAAGGUGCCCAUCAAGCGCUCAGAGAUGGUGAAAUUCAUCAUCCGUGAAUACAAAGAUGAGUGCUUAGAUAUCAUCAACCGUGCCAACAAUAAGCUGGAGUGUGUCUUUGGUUAUCAAUUGAAGGAAAUUGAUCCCCAAAGCCACUCUUACAUCAUCAUCAACAAGCUGGGGGGCCCUAAGGGUGAGCCAGUGGCGUCCUACUUAGACAAGCCCAAGUUAGGGCUCCUGAUGGUGGUCCUGAGCCUCAUCUUUAUGAAGGGCAACUGUGUCAGGGAGGACCUGAUCUUUAACUUCCUGUACAGGCUAGGGCUGGACGUCCGGGAGACACAUGGUCUCUUCGGGAAUACGAAGAAGCUCAUCACCGAAGUGUUUGUCAGGCAGAAGUACCUAGAGUACAGGCGCAUCCCCUGCACUGAGCCAGCGGAGUACGAACUCCUCUGGGGGCCCCGAGCAUUCCUCGAAACCAGCAAGAUGCUCGUCCUGAGGUUUCUGGCCAAGCUCCAUAAAAAAGAUCCCCAGUGCUGGCCUUUCCAGUACUUCGAAGCUCUGGCAGAGUGCGAGUCCGAGGAUGGAGAUGACGAUGAGCCUGACUCCGGCGAUAAUGCCGGUGACCCCACCAGCAGACCCCCUCCCCGCUAACGAGGUUUAGCAGAUACCUAGUUCCUUUGUGUCCCCGGCCAGAGGCCUCUGAUGGAGUGUGUGUGUGUGGGGGGAUGUUUUGUUUCUGGUGUUUCUGUUUCAACUCUAUGUGUGUACGUUUGGAUUUUCAAUCGGGUUCUGUAUCUGCCAAAGCUUUGUAUAUUUUCAUGUGGUGUUGAGUUCAAUUGGCUACUGUUCUAUUUGGUAUUUUGGCAUCUGUAUUUUUAAGUGAGAUCUGUGAUUCUCUGUUUUGUGUUAUAAUUGUUAUGUUUUGGUAUCAGAGUUGUGCUGGCUUUGUGAAAUGAAUUGAGAAGCUAUCCAUCUCAUUCUGGUACAGUUUAUGUAGCAUUGAAAUAGGCUGUUCUUUGAACGUUAAAAUGACUCACCAGUAAAGCUGUCUGCAGAGAAAUAAAUAUCUAUAUCUAUAUAUA